CCAGAACUUCCGCCCAACAUAAGAUGUAUUGACCUAAAUGGUUGUGUUGCACUGGAAACAACAUCAAAUGCAUUAAGGUUAUGCAAAUCCAAGCUGUUUUAUUUUUCAUGUAUAAACUGCUUGAAAUUGAUCUGCUGCAACAAUCUAGCAUCUUCAAUGCACAGAGAAUCCAUUAAGGGAACGUCUUAUCAGACGAAGUCAAUUAAUGCUUUUAAAUUGGUUUUUCCUGGAAGUGAAAUUCCAGAGUGGUUCCAACAUAAGAGUGAAGCUUCUUCAAUUAAAAUAGACAAGCCUCCAGAUUCUUAUGAUAACAAGAUCGUGGGAUGUGCUGUCUGCUGUGUUUUCGUUUUGCAUGAGCAUCGUCGUCAAGAUUUUGUCAUGCAAUGAGAUAAAAUCAUGUUUAUAUAUGCGAUUGGCUGCGAUGCGACUGGUGAAAAACGGAGAUUUGCUGACAUUAUAUUUGGCGAGUCAAGUUGGGUCACGAUUGGGUCAGACCAUCUUGUGCUAUCGCAUUUUGAUGAACUAUUCUUUCAAGAUUUUGUUGAGCUUUCAUUUGAAUCAAAUGAUCCAGCAUUCGAGGUGAAGAGGUGUGGGAUCCAUCCGGUAUACGAGAAAGAAACGAAAGAGUUGAAGCCAAGGACCAACAAAUCCAGUAGCUCUACUUUUGGGAAUUCAUAUGAGUUAAAUGAAGAUUUGGUCGGAUCAACGGUGGAUGUUGACUGUGAUGGGUCAGAAGACGAACCAAUCUCCAAGAUAAUAACGUCUUCAAAUUUCAUAAAUGGCGAAUCGAGCUCAAGGUAUGAGGUGAAUGAGAAAGAAAUAGAAGAUUAUUCUGAUGAUGAUGAUGAACCACCAUCAAAAAGAUUAAAAGAAUAUAUUGAUUGAUUAGACCAAGUUGGAACUUGUAUGGGUUGGAAUGAAGCUUCUUGAACCAGAAGAUGAUUUCGGUGACUCCGAAGCAGUUGUUUUUCACCUCAAAUGCUAUGUCAGAUCUUUGUAACAAAGUGGGCCUAAAUGGGACUUCAGAGGAUGUACAAUUGAAUAAAUCUCAACUUAAAUGUGUGAAGUUCCUCAAUUAAUAAAUCCUAUGAAUUUCCAGGAGUAUUAGGAACCUUUGGUGUGAGAGCCUGUACUAUAUUGGCGUUGACGUCUGAAUUCUAUACCUCUGACACGGGUGACAUUUGGCAUUUGGCUGAUAAUAUUCCUCCAAUGCAAGCAGCUGUUUAAGGGGAAUACUGGAAUUUGUUAAUAGGGUCAACCAGGAAAGAACUGUUGGCUGAUACCUUGAUGUUUGAUGAAAUGCUUGAAGGAGGGUUUGCGUUGAGAGGUGAGCCCUUUGAGAGAUGUUUGAUGAAAUGCCUGAAAGAAAAAAAAGGGUCAUUGUGUUCACUUAAUGUGGUGGUUUUUAUUCACAUAUGAAUGUCUUAUGAAAUGAAAAUCCAUAGCCAUUUUAAUGAAAGCAAUAUAUAAUCCUACAAAUUGAAUUUUCAUGCCUAGCUUUAAUCGCCGAGCCUCAUUUUAUCAAGAUCCACUCAACUCAACCACAAAGACAAAGACUCCUUAUUUCUGCUUCAGGCUCUCUCUUCUCCGUCGACCUCUAGUAAUGGUUUCCCUUUCUUGGUUGUCUGCAAUCCAUCCACAAGAGAGUCCAAGGCAAUUUCAAACUUUCAAGAACAAGAUCAUUGUGAAUAUUUAUUUGGAUUUGGUUAUCAACUCUCAACAUCUUCUCUUUGAGAAACAAUUUCUUGGUUUUUCCCACUAAAGUUUCAAGUCUAUGGAUCUAUCUAUUGGGUGUUAAAGUCUUCAUCCUUGGUUACUGCAUUGGAUUUGGAGGAAGAGACGUUCAAACAUCCUUUACAUUCAUGAAUUGCAGUAUAUAAUGGGUUUCUUAGAAGUAGGUUUCUGGUUAUGACGAUACCCAGCAUAUAUUUUUCA